CUCCUUUUCACGCAAAACGCACGUUUCUCUCUCUACGACACACAUUCUCUCUCUCUCUCUCUCUCUCUCUCUCUCUCUCUAACACCAUUUGACUGUUGUCUUCUUUGGCCUCGGAACUAGAAAACAGCCACUGUCCUCGUCUCUUUCUCCCCAAACCCUUUCCUGUAGGGGAUCAUAUUCGGACAUUCUUUACAGGCUCAUACUAAUGUAUAGUUACUGAGACUUACUGGCUUUUGGUGUGAGAGUAUAUGCGUAUAUACGUUUACACCUUGUUAUACGUACGUAUUUGCUGAAGGGUUUGUAAGUCGGACUACAUUUUCGACUCUGGACCCUUCAGAUUCUCUGGCUUGAUUCUGUGCCAUUUCCAGGACUCUAAGAUGCAAAUCAGACCAAUGUAGGAGUGAUACACUAGUCUGCGUUGUGGGUUUCGAGUUUCAUGCCCUUUUUUUUUUGUGAUCUGAUAGAUACCCACUUCGCUGAUUCACAUUUCUCAUGUGGGUUUGAGAGAUUCUUGUGUUUCGAAUACUCUCUUUGGUGUUUUGUGUUGUUUGAUGCCUUUGAUCAUCUCUUUGUUGAGUUAUAGAUAAGGGAAUCCCCUCUGCUGGUUCUGUGAUUUUCUUUUUUCAGUGUGUUGAAUCGUAGGAUUUGGGUGAGUGUUUUGUUUUAUAAGGAUUUGGGUAAGUUUGUUUCGGAGAAGUCCUUUUGGUGUUUGAGGUUUUUGUGCGGAUUAUGGGGAUUUAACUCUAGGGUUUGUGGGGAAAAUGGGGUUGGAUUCUGAUGCUGUUAAGGUGGGUAUUUGGGGUGUGGAGAAACCAAAGAUGAGGAAGAAGAAAGAUGAUGAUGUGGUGGAGACCGGGUGUUGGUUUAAAUUCCGGUUCUUGGGGAAGUGCAUGCCAUCAGGAUCCAAAGUAGAUAGUUCUAUAAGUGGCAGUGGCACACAAGAUGUGGAGAGUAAAUCUACCAAUGACACCGGCGAGGACCAACCAGUUGCUCCAGUUGUAUCAUCUUCAACAACGAGCAAUGAAGAAAGCACCCCAUCUACUCCCAAAAUGGGCGAAGAACUUAAAAUCUCUUCUCAGCUGCGGAAGUUUGCUUUCAAUGAGCUUAAGUCAGCAACGAGGAAUUUCAGACCUGAGUCUCUACUUGGGGAGGGAGGAUUUGGUUGUGUUUUCAAAGGUUGGGUAAAUGACUGCGGAACUACGCCAGUGAGACCAGGAACAGGGCUUACAGUUGCAGUAAAAACACUCAAUCAUGAUGGACUUCAGGGUCACAAGGAAUGGCUGGCCGAAGUUAAUUUUCUUGGUGACCUAAUUCAUCCUAAUUUGGUUAAAUUAAUUGGGUAUUGCAUUGAGGAUGACCAAAGGCUGCUUGUAUAUGAGUUUAUGCCUCGUGGAAGUUUGGAGAACCACCUCUUCAGAAGGUCUUUGCCUCUCCCUUGGUCCACCAGAAUGAAAAUUGCACUUGGUGCUGCUGAGGGUCUUGCUUUUCUUCAUGAGGAAGCUGAAAGGCCUGUUAUAUAUCGUGAUUUUAAAACCUCUAACAUCCUUUUAGAUGCGGACUACAAUGCAAAGCUCUCUGACUUUGGACUUGCCAAAGAUGGCCCAGAGGGAGAUAAAACACAUGUAUCUACUCGGGUCAUGGGCACAUAUGGGUAUGCAGCCCCGGAGUAUGUGAUGACAGGACAUCUGACAUCAAAGAGUGAUGUCUACAGCUUUGGGGUUGUUCUUCUUGAAAUGUUGACGGGCCGAAGAUCCAUGGACAAAAACCGUCCCAAUGGGGAGCAUAACUUGGUAGAAUGGGCUCGACCAUGUCUGGGAGAGAGGAGAAGGUUCUAUAGACUAAUAGAUCCUCGCCUUGAAGGUCGAUUCUCAAUUAAAGGUGCUCAGAAGGCAGCCCAAUUGGCUUCUUGUUGCCUUUACCGUGACCCAAAAUCCAGACCUCUGAUGAGCGAAGUUGUUGAAAUCCUAAAGCCUUUAUCUGACCUCAAGGACAUGGCUUGUUCCUCACCCCACUUCCAGGCUUUGCAAGCUGAACGGGCUGGGCGGUUCAACCCAAAUGCUAGAAAUGGUAGUCUUAAAUUGCAGUCGGAAGGGCUACUGAAGAAUGGGCAACCAACCCGGAGUCUAUCCAUACCAAAUGGGCCGCAUGUUUCUCCUUAUCACCGUAAUUAUUCUCACCGGUCACCAAAGCCUAUUAUCUGACAACCACAAUAAUGAGUUCCAGUCAUCCUUUCUUUUUAUCCAGUUUCUUCUUUACCGUAUGUUAUGUGUCAAGGAACAACGUCAUUUUGGGAAGCUGAGGAUUUCCAGAAUAUGGGUCUUGAUGUUAAUGGUGGUUUGCGUUUCCAGAAAGGGAAAGACGUUGGAGGAUUUGCAUUUCGGUACAGCGAUAUGAUGUGUUAGUAGGGAAUGAUGAAGCCACUCUUUGGGCUUAUAACUGUUUCGAUUUGAGCUUAGACUUAACUUCUGAUGCUCCUGUCUUUGAUAAAUUGUCAAGUUUCACAGGAGAGAACUUCAUAAUACAGUACAUGUUUCUACUGUUGUGCCUGCA